AUGGCGUGGCCAAUUGGAGAAUUGCCAACAAAGUUUUUCUCUUUGAAAUCGUCGAGAGUUUGUCCAGGACGUGGCCAAUUGGAGAAUUGCAAUUUUAAAGCCAACAACAGCAGCAAGCAAAUAUCAAGAAAAUGGGUAAGAAAUAAUUGAUUUAAAUCGUUAAUUUAAUUUUAAUUUUAAUUUAAUUUUAAUCCAACAAAUUGCAGAUGCAAACGGCGGGCAACGAACGAAGUAAGAAGUGCGAACUCACACCGCCAUCUUGGAAAAAUAGGCGAGUGGCGCUUCGUCUUCAAACGGCCAAGUUUUCCAGGAGAUGAAAGGUGGAUGCAGAGCUGCUGCUGCCGGAGUUCGACCGGCCAUUGAAAAGGAAGCACAAAGCAAGCUGCUAAGGAUAGACGUUUGUCCACCGAAAAGGAGCCAAUCCGCUGAAAUGCGAAGCGACGAGUUCGUCGUCGCGGUCAACGAUCCAACUUACCGUUGUCAGCCGCCCACUGACGAGUUUUGGGUGCGAGCGGCUGCGACACGAAAGAUGGCUUGA